UGAAACUAAAUAAAAUGGAUUACUUCAAAAUUUAAAAACUUUAAUAAAACAAAAAAAUAGGAAAAUAAUUAAAAAUGGCAGACAAAAAGCCUCCAGCUCCUAAGACUUUGCCAGGAUGGACGAACUUCGUUAUAGGUGGACUGAGUGGAAUGUUCGCAAUAUGUGUCGUACAACCGAUGGAUCUAAUCAAAACCAGGAUGCAGCUGGCAGGACCCAAAGGUUCCAUUGGGGAAGUUGUAGGCGGUAUCAUGAAAAGUGAUGGUAUCUUUGGCUUCUACAAUGGCCUCAGUGCGGCGCUGUUCCGUCAAGCCACUUAUACAACCGGCCGGCUUGGAUGUUUCAAUGCAGUGUUUGAUUAUUAUCAAUCAAACUUUGGCACACCAAAUCUCGCGGCUAAAAUUGGUUUAGGAAGCUUCGCGGGUGGGGUGGGCGCGCUGAUUGGAAAUCCAGCAGAAAUUGCUCUCAUCAGAAUGACGGCUGAUGGAAGACUGCCGCCUGAUAAACGAAGGAAUUAUAAACAUGUCAUAGAUGCUUUGGCCAGGAUAUGUCGCGAAGAAGGCACCAGUGCUCUCAUGCGUGGAAUGACCGCGACUGUCACCAGAGCCAUGGUGGUCAAUGGGGCACAACUAUCUACUUACCAGCAGUCACGUGAAAUAUUGCUAGCAAGAGGCAUGGCUGACGGGAUCCUCCUGCAUGCUACAUGCGCCAUGAUCGCUGGUCUCGUAACAUCCGCAGCCUCACUUCCCGUAGAUAUUGUCAAAACGAGAGUCCAAAAUUCAAGUAAAGGCGCCGGACAAGUAACUGUUUUAAUGAAUAUAAUAAAAAACGAAGGGAUCUUGGCGCUGUGGAGCGGAUUUCUGCCGACCUACGCGAAAAUAGGCCCUCAUACAAUAUUUACAUUUAUUUUUUUAGAACAAAUGAAAGCUCUCUACUUCAAAUAUGCUUAAUUAAAUAUUGGGUACUGGCUCUUUCAUCCAGCGGUCUCAGGGUAACUCAGAAACGAGGACGGAACCAUGAUUUCCAUAUGUCAAAAGCAAAUCCAAUAGGUACUUUUUUUGACAUAGGAGUUAGACGUAACAUUAUCACGUUUCUGAAUCUUACCCUUAGCGUCUCGAACUUAAGUGAAUCUUAAAAAUAUCUUUAAAGUCGGGUACAUACGGGGACAAUAUUAACCUCACUUAAUUGUAAUAUAUUCGUAAAAUCUAAAACAGUUAUUUAAAUGUAAGUCAAAUGUGUUGACAUUGAGAAAACAAAUGAGUGCUUCAGUUAAGAUCUUAAUACUUACACGUAUUUUAAUAUUUACUCCGUUUUAUUGUUUUAACUAAGAUGCUCUUUUGUUUCUCUGAAAUUAAGUUAAUGCUGUAUUGAAAACAGCUUCUUAGAAGCAAUUAAUAAGACUGAGUUAGAUUUAAUCUUGUGACGGCGCUAAUAUUGGUCGAGGUUAGUUUGAAUGUAUCGUGCGGCAUCAUUUUUUUAAUUACAUGGAAUGCAGAAGUGUUUUCCGGCGGAAAUUCGUUCUUGGUUAACAU